CUGACAGCUGAAGAGGGAGGAUGACUGGUGGCUAUUUUUAUCAUUCAUUCAGCCAGGCCAAGCAGAGACCCCCUCUCUUUCCUCUCUUAGUCCCCCUGGAUCUCUCUCGUUCUUUCUCUCAUUCUCUUGCUUCUUCUCUUCUAUCCGGGAGAAAGUUCUGGAAGACAGGGUGGGAUUCAAGUUUCGAAGCCCCUCGAAGAGGAGAAAGAAGAGCGAGGGAUAGUUGAAGGAAAAGUUAGGUGGAAGAGUUACGGGAGGACUAACAAAAUACUAGGCCAAUAUGGCUCUUCUUUGCUACAACAAAGGCUGUGGAGAGAAGUUUGAUACUGACAAGAACAAAGACGGUAAAACGAUUUACUACUCUAACUCGAACACACGGUUUAUUAUUCACUGUUGUACUGCGGUAGUACACAGGUUGUAUUGAAUGCACUGUAGUUGACAGAGUUAGUUAGGAAUAGUAUUAUUGGAUUAAUUGCAUGUUGCAAAUAUUGCAAGGUGUUUGCGUUUUCAGUGUAUUGUAGACUAAUACAGUUUUUAAAUGGCCAAAUGUAGAGGGGAUAAUGUGUAUUAUGGUAAUCGUUCUGAUAGUCUAACAGACUCCUGUGGGACAGAGAGGGGAAUCGACAGGUGUCUUUAGCAAAACUGAAAGGGCCAGUUUCCCAGACGAAGAUUGAUCCCAUGCAGAGAUUCCGGAUUGAGAGAUUGUAUUGUAGGCACGUGUGUGACAGAUGUGCAAAUGAGAGAGACAGAUACUGAGAGAAAGCAUGCGCCGACAUAAUUCUCCACGUCUUUAGGUCUGCUGAGGUCUCAUCUUCAUAGCAACUGUUAGGUUAGUUAAUGCUGUAUAUGGGCCCAACCCCCUUCCCCUUAUGACCAGACCCCUAUGACGGCUGUCUAGGAGACCCUGCUUAUUGUGUAUGUGACAGGUUACAACGUUUGUGUCUGACAAAUGCCAGAGCCCACAAUCACUUUUUGUUCUCUGUCUCUCUCUAGAUGCCUGUCUUCAUCAUCCUGGUGUUCCCAUCUUCCACGAUGCUCUGAAGGUAUUUAAAUAAACACUUUUGAGAAAAGCACAGAUGAGAAUCAAUAAAUAUGAAACUAUCCUCACAGUACUUGAUUGAAUUGAUAAACGAUGUGUGUGUCCAGGGUUGGUCUUGUUGUAGGAAGAGGACCACAGACUUCUCUGAGUUCCUUUCUAUCAAGGUAAGGACAACGUGGGACCAACUGGGUUUGAACUCAAGACUGUUUUAACCCACUGAGAUAAAGCCUAUAGGCAUAGCUCAGGUAACAGUAUUGAUCAAGUACACUACCAGUCAAAAGUUUGGACACACCUACUCAUUCAAGGGUUUUUCUUUAUUUGUACUAUUUUUUACAUUGUAGAAUAAUAGUGAAGACAUCAAAACUAUGAAAUAACACAUAUGGAAUCAUGUAGUAACCAAAAAAGUGUUAAACAAAUCAAAAUAUAUUUUAUAUUUGACUAAUUCUUCAAAUACCCACCCUUUGCCUUGAUGACAGCUUUGCACACUCUUGGCAUUCUCUCAACCAGCUUCAUGAGAGUCACGUGGAAUGCAUUUCAAUUAACAGGUGUGCCUUCUUAAAAGUUAAUUUGGGGAAUUGAUUUCCUUCUUAAUGUGUUUGAGCCAAUCAGUUGUGUUGUGACAAGGUAGGGGGGGUAUACAGAAGAUAGCCCUAUUUGGUAAAAGACCAAGUCCAUAUUAUGACAAGUACAGCUCAAAUAAGACAUGAAGGUCAGUCAAUAAAGAACAUUUCAAGAACUUUGAAAGUUUCUUCAAGUGCGGUCGCAAAAACCAUCAAGCGCUAUGAUGAAACAGGCUCUCAUGAGGACCACCACAGGAAUGGAAGACCCAGAUUUACGUCUGUUGCAGAGAAUAAGUUCAAUAGAGUUACCAGCCUCAGAAAUUGCAGCCCAAAUAAAUGCUUCACAGAGUUCAAGUAACAGACACAUCUCAAAUUCAACUGUUCAGAGGAGACUGUGUGAAUCAGGCCUUCAUGGUCGAAUUGCUGCAAAGAAACCACUACUAAAGGACACCAAUAAGAAGAAGAGACUUGCUUGGGCCAAGAAACACGAGUAAUGGACAUUAGACCGGUGGAAAUGUGUCCUUUAGUCUGGAUUCCAAAUUUGAGAUUUUUGAUUCCAACCGCCGUCUUUGUGAGACACGUGUGGGUGAACGGAUGAUCUCCGCAUGUGUAUUUCCCAUUGUAAAGCAUGGAGGAGGAGGUGUUAUGUUGUGGGGGUGCUUUGCUGGUGACACUGUCAGUGAUUUAUUUCGAAUUCAAGGCACACUUAACCAGCAUGGCUACCACAGCAUUCUGCAGUGAUACGCCAUCCGAUCUGGUGUGGGCUUAGUGGGACUAUCAUUUGUUUUUCAACAGGACAAUGACCCAACACACCUCCAGGCUGUGUAAGGGCUAUUUUACCAAGAAGGAGAGUGGUGGAGUGCUGCAUCAGAUGACCUGGCCUCCACAAUCCCCCAACCUCCACCCAAUUGAGAUGGUUUGGGAUGAGUCAGACGGCAGAGCGAAGGAAAAGCAGCCAACAAGUGCUCAGCAUAUGUGGGAACUCCUUCAAGACUGUUGGAAAAGCAUUCCAGGUGAAGCUGGUUGAGAGAAUGCCAAGAGUGUUUUAAAGCUGUCAUCAAGGCAAAGGGUGGGUAUUUGAAGAAUCUCAAAUAUAAAACACUUUGAUUUGUUUAACCCUUUUUGCUUACUACGUUGAUUACAUAUGUGUUAUUUCAUAGUUUUGACGUCUUCACUAUUAUGUAGAAAAUACUACAAAUAAAGAAAAACCCUUGAAUGAGUAGGUGUGGCCAAACUUUGGACUGGUACUGUAUAUGCAGUAGUUCGCUGUCAGGGUACUCUGUACGCAGUAUUCCUAAGUAUGAGAGGCUGUAUCCUGACAUUACUUUUCUAUUGGACUUUCCUAUUGUAGGGCUGCACCCAGGGGCGUCAUAGCAACAAAAUGCCCCAGGAGCCUAUGCAGCCGACAGUGACAUCAGACAAGAACGGCGUGAGAAACAACAGAGAGGAGAUCAUUUACCAGGGGCCCAAAUCAGCUGAGGCACUGCAGAAAGAGAGACCCAGGUAGGGUCUGCUUGCUCAGAUGGCUGAUUUGGUGUUUAUUUAUUAAAUUUUUUGUGUAUUUAUUUAUUUAUUUAUUGUCCUUUACAGUUCAGAUGAGGAUAAGACCAAGCUGAAGCUGAAGGUGUCUGCCUCUCUGACUCAGGUUCUUGGGAAGAUGGAAAUCAGCAGCAAGGCAGAACUGGAGAAGAAAGGUAAGUGUGUGUGUGUGUGUGUAUCCCUCCCAAACCUUCUUCUUUGUUCUGUUUCCUCUUGUUGCUCAAAUCGUUGGUUUCUAUAUAAUACCAGGGCGUUUCAAUGCCUCUGUUGAAUAAUACCAAUACUUCUCUGAUGAAAUAUAACAUUAUUUUGAAACUACUUUGUUUAUUUUGCAACGUAAGAUUUCAGCAGUAAGUUUAACCCCACCCUGUCUUUCUGACCCUCCCUCUUUCUCUUUCUCCUCUCUUUCUUUCUCUCUCUCUCGCCCUCACAGAGAGUGCAGUUGUCAUGCAGGGAACGCGAUGCAAGAACACAGGAUGCAAAACAGUAGGUGUCUCUUUUGUGUGUGUCUGUGUAUGCGUGUGUCUUUAUCCAUGUGUGUUUUUGUCUGUGUGUGCGUGUAUGCGCUCGUGUGUGUGUGUGUGUGUGUCACAGAGAAGGGAGUAAAACAUUUGAGGUGCAGUAACUCCUGUCUUUGUAGAUAAUGCAUCUGUUGCAUUCUGCUGAUGGCUAACAGCCUGUCUCAGACAGUGUUAACUCUUUCCCGUAAUUCAACAGUUUGUACCAGAACCUAAUAUUUUAGAGUUCGGUCGACUUUACGAAUGUUGAAUAUUGUUCUAAUUCUAGACAUUCAGUUGCAUAUCAUUAUUUAAAUGUUCCCCAUGUAAUGUUAAUGGUGUGCUAACAUGGCUGCCAUAGAAUGUUGUAGUAUCAUGUAAAUGCAUCAUAAUACAGAAACCUCAAUGGCCCAACUCAUGGCUCUCCAUAACCAACAAACACUGCCAAAGCAUAGGAAGUAUAAUCAUUUCAAUUCUUACUGAGGAAUUGAAAUUAGUGCCAAAUCAGUAUAGCUACCUGAUUGUGUUCCCACUGACUUUCAUUCAGGUUUUCUCAAAUUGUUGUUAGCAUGUUAGUUAUCUCCCUACCUGAGAGGAUAAUAAUUCAGUGGUUAAUUGUUGUUUGUUGUUGUUGACAGCAAUACCAGGGCCCAGAGACCAACGGAGAGACCUGUACACACCACCCUGGAGUGCCAGUCUUCCACGAGGGGUAAGACAAUGACUGUAUUAUACUUACAGUGCAUUCUGAAAAUAUUCAGACACCUUCCCUUUUUCCACAUUUUGCUACGUUACAGCCUUAUUCUAAAAUGGAUGAAAUACAUAUUUUUUCCUCAUCAAUCUACACACAAUACCCCAUAAUGACAAAACAAAAACAGGUUUUUUAGAAAUGUUUGCUAAUAUAUAUAUAUUUUUAAGUAUUCAGACCCUUUGAGAUAAGACUCAAAAUUGAGCUCAGGUGCAUCCUGUUUCCAUUGAUCAUCCUUGAGAUGUUUCUACAACUUGAUUGGAGUCCACCUGUGGUAAAUUCAAUUGAUUGGACAUGAUUUGGAAAGGCGCGCACCUGUCUAUACAAGGUCCCACAGAUGACAGUGCAUGUCAGAGCAAAAACCAAGCCAUGAGGUCGAAGGAAUUGUCCAUAGAGCUCCGAGACAGGACUGUGUCGAGGCACAGAUCUGGGGAAGGGUACCAAAACAUUUCUGUAGCAUUGAAGGUCCCCAAGAACACAGUGGUCUCCAUCAUUCUUAAAUGGAAGAAGUUUGGAACCACCAAGACUCUUCCUAUAGCUCGCUGCCCGGCCAAACUGAGCAAUCAGGGGAGAAGGGCCUUGGUCAGGGAGGUGACCAAAACCCGAUGGUCACUCUGACAGAGCUCCAGAGUUCCUCUGUGGAGAUGGUAGAACCUUCCAGAAGGACAACCAUCUCUGCAGCAAUCCACCAAUCAGGCCUUUAUGAUAGAGUGGCCAGACAGAAGCCACUCCUCAGUAAAAGGCACAUGACAGCCCACUUGGAGUUUGCCAAAAGGUACCUGAAGGACUCUGACCAUGAGAAACAAGAUUUUCUGGUCUGAUGAAACCAAGCUUGAACUCUAUGACCUGAAUGCCAAGCAUCACGUCUGGAGGAAACCUGCCUCCAUUCCUACGGUGAAGCAUGGUGGUGGCAGCAUCAUGCUGUGGGGAUGUUUUUCAGCGACAGCCACUGGGAAACAAGUCAGGAUCGAGGGAAAGAUGAACGGAGCAAAGUACAGAGAGAUCCUUCAUGAAAACCUGCUCCAGAGUGCUCAGGACCUCAGACUAGGGCGAAGGUUCACCUUCCAACAGGACAACGACCCGAAGCACACAGCCAAGACAACACAGGAGUAGCUUUGGGACAAGUCUCUGAAUGUCCUUGAGUGGCCCAGCCAGAGCCCGGACUUGAACCCGAUCGAACAUCUGUGGAGAGACCUGAAAAUAGCUGUGCAGCGACGCUCCCCAUCCAACCUGACAGAGCUUGAGAGGAUCUGCAGAGAAGAACGGGAGAAACUCCCUAAAUACAGGUGUGUGCCAAGCUUGUAGCGUCACACCCUAGAAGAAUCGAGGCUGUAAUCCCUGCGAAAGGUGCGUCAACAAAGUAAUGAGUAAAGGGUCUGAAUACUUACGUAAAUGUGAUAUUUAAGUUGUUAUUUAUAUACAUUUGCAAACAUUUCUAAAAACCUGUUUUUGCUUUGUCAUUAUGGGGUAUUGUGUGUAGAUCGAUGAAGAAAAAAACGAUUUAAUCAAUUUUAGAAUAAGGCUGUAACCUAACAAAAUGUGGAAAACGUCAAGGGGUCUGAAUACUUUCCGAAUGCACUGUAUACAUGCCUGUAUUAAUACAGCACUGCAAUAUUCUGCAGCAGGUAUUAUACAAUACUAUUAUAUACUCUUCUACAGGUAUAAGUACUGGAGCUGUCGCUGUGUAAAGACCAUAGACUUUAAUGCUGCUUCAUUAUAAACUACUGAAAUGUAAUAUUCAUGUAAUACUAUAGGUAUAAUACGGUGCUGUAAUUCUAACCCUACAGGUAUAAGUACUGGAACUGUUGCUGUGUGAAGACCAUAGACUUUAAUGCUUUCCUGGAUCAGAAAGGUUGUACCAAUGGCAAACAUCGCUGGGUCCAAAAAGUGGUCAGUGUCAGCCCUCCUCUCUGUCUUUGACCUUUUCUUAAUGUCCGGGUUUUGUUCUGUUCCUGUUGCCAAUUGUGCCUUUACAUGAAAAUCACUUAGACAUUUUGCUGUAAACCGUGAACUGUAAACUCUGGGGUUAUUGUCUUUCUCUCUGAAUGUUUGUGUGUGCAGAACAAUAAGAAGGUAGCGUGUAGACAUGACUGGCACCAGACAGCCACACAGGUCUACGUGACCAUCUAUGCCAAGAACGCCAACCCUGAACUGUCCUACGUCGAGGCUAACCGCACUGUGGUAAGAACGGGCUACACACAAACGCAGACUGACAGACAUACAAGAACGCCAACCCUCAACUGUCCUACGUCAAAGCCAAUCACACAGUGGUAACACACACUCAUGCAUAUUGACUUUUGGCAUAUACUGUUUUCCCGCUGGUGUUUUGAGUAAGGUUGUUAAUGGUGAUUAACAUCUCUCUUUCUCUCUCUACCGCCCUGUCCCUAUCUCUAUUCCUGUAGCUGACCUGUCACAUCCAGUUUGAGGAAAACAAGAUUUUCCAUAAGGACUUCCAUCUGUGGGGGGUGAGCGGCAAUGCUUUUACCGUUAUAAUUUUUUUUUCUCUCCUCUUGAAUUGUUUUCCCUCUAUUUCCCUCUCUCUUUGUACUGUACAUUACUCUUUCUUUCUCGCUUGUGUUUCUGUUUUCUAUUUCCCUCUUCCUGUGUUUCUACUUUCUCUCCUCUCUAAACACCAACAAACAACUAUCCCCACCAUAACCCCAUAUCCCGCUUCCUCCUCUACUCUAGGUAGCGGAUGUAGCCAACAGUGGGGUCAACAUGGUUCCCUCUAAGGUGGAAGUGUCGCUCCGUAAGGCAGAUGCUGUGGCCUGGGGAAAACUAGAGGACCCCAAGUUCAAACCAGAACCAGAACCCCAGGACCUGGACAUGGGUACUAUAAACAUCCCUCUUUAUGUUGUUUUUAUCUUGUGAUUAUAAGGAAGUGUAUAUUCCACCGGCAGAACGAAAACGUACAUUUAGGCAUUGGGGUCGAAAUAAAUUUAGGUUAGGAUUAAGAUUAAGUUUAGGAACAAGGGUUAGGUUAAGGUUAGGUAUGGCUUCAGUGAGGUUAGGUUAAGGGUUAGGGAAAGGCAUAAACUUUAACAUUGGGUUAGCCACCAUUCAUUUUCUGCCAUUCUAUACACUGCCAUAAUCAAAACAUUGACUGGAUUCACAGUAUUGCUCACUGUAUUACAGGUUACACAGAUGAGGCCGACGACCCCAGUCAGUGGGACAGGGACAUCGACGACGAUGACAUCAGUGAUUCAGAUGAGGAGUGGGAGAAACCGCAGCUUAUCCAGAAUCCUCCAGAAGAGAAUGAUAUGCCCGUGUUAGAAGGUUAAAUUGAUGAGUUGAUUUAUUGAUUACGUCUACUGUCAGUCAAGACGGUCUGACUGUUUGUGAGAUUGUUGUUAGAAGAAUACUUUAUUGUCCAUUUUCCUUACAGUCCAAGGAAAUGGUAUGGCUGUAAUAUUGUUACUGGUUUUUAAUUUAUAAAGAAAUUGUACUUGAAUUUGUUUUAUGUAUUGAUCUCUACUGUAUGCACGGAUACAAAUAAGAAAUAUCAACCUGUUAUAGAUUAGUUUUCAUCGUCUUCUACCCCCCAGUACGUUGUCCAUAUUAGGCCAAUAUCAGGCAACAGAAGUCUGUUUUCAGACAAAUUUGGGACAGAAUCAAUGUCCUAAUAUGGACACCGUACUCUGGUUUCAUUGUAAUUAAAUAAGAAAAGCCUACUGUAUUGAAAAGUAUCUGUCCAUUCUACAUCUUUGCUGUUUGAAUGUGACUUGUUUGUGAUGCUAAAUGGCCUGCUGUGCUGUGAUAUUCAUUAAAACAAAGGAGAAACUCCA